CAGUAAGGCGGUGGCGGUUACUCCCUCCCCAACCCCUCUCUAUAAAUAUCGCCCGCACCCUUCCCCCGCAACCACAAUCUCUCUCUGUAGCAUUUUCCAUGGAGCCCGGCGAUCAGCCGCUUCGCCCCCUAACUCCAAUCCAAUCCUCUCCUUUUUCUUCUUCUUCUCCUUCUCCUAUCUCUCCUUCCUCCUCGGCUUUAAUGGAGACGGCGAUGAAUCGCCAUUCCGGUGAGGGAUCGAGUUUUACCUUUUCUUCCUCCUCCUCCUCCUCAUCUCCCUUCAUGGGAUUUGGAGCACGCUCUGCUUCCAAGCUCCAUCCUUCUCCGCCUCUCGAGCCUGUGAUCGAGCCAUUCGGGGAAAUCCCGGACUUCUCCUCCCAACCUCCUCCUCGUCGUACUGGGGAAAAGCUUCCACCCUGCUCUACGGGGUCUUCGUCGUCGUCUGGGGAUGGGGCGGGUGGAGAGAGUGUGCAGAUCCCUCGGCCUCUGGAGGCUCUUCAGAGCGCGCCGAUCCCGCCCUUCCUCUCCAAGACAUAUGAGCUUGUGGAUGAUCCGUCUCUGGAUCUGCUCAUCUCGUGGGGCUCUACUGGGAAGAGCUUCGUGGUGUGGGAUCCCGUCGAGUUUGCGAGGGCCGUUCUGCCUCGGAACUUCAAGCACAACAACUUCUCCAGUUUUGUCCGCCAGCUGAAUACUUAUGGUUUUCGCAAGAUUGAUGCUGAUCGAUGGGAGUUUGCCAAUGAAGAUUUUGUAAGAGGAAACAAGCCUUUGUUAAGAAACAUAAACAGGCGAACAUCAUCUCAAGUUCAGCAAGUAGGUACUCAAGUAUGCUCUUCAGCUAAAAUGGGGAAGCCUGAAUUGGAAAGUGAACUCCACACAUUGAGAGAGGAAAAGAGCACAUUGAUGCAGGAAGUCAUCAGACUGCAACAGGAGCAUCUCAUGACAACCCAACAGAUGGAUGCACUGAACCAGCAGAUGGAAUCAGUGGUACAGAGGCAGAAGCAGAUGGUGUCUUUCUUGGCGAAGGUACUUCAGAACCCAGUGUUCUUGGCCCAUCUUAAGCUGCUAAAGGAACAAAGGGAGAUUGCUUCUACAAGAGUAAGACGAAAGUUCCUCAAGCAACAGUCACCCAAUCAUAGUGAUUUAGAUAAAUCCAUUGAACAUCAGACUGGAAAGAAGAGACUAGAAUUUACUGGUUCCACUUCUGCACUGCAAGGCGUUGAAAACAGUGUGAGUAAACUACUGCCUGAUAAUCUUUUGCAAGAUAUGGUGGAAAAACUUGGUCUUGACACAAACAGACGAGAACUUCUCAGAGGCUCAGAUGAAACUGGGCUAGAGGUGCUGGACCCAUUGCUUCUGGACGCUGAUUCUGCUGCCAUCCAGGGAGAGCUUCCAGAGAGUUCUCAGACAAACAUGGGCUUCAGUGGCACCGAGUGCUCUGCAUCUUUUCCUGAAGAUAUAACCCCAGAGAGGAUGUUUUCAGAUGCUGUAGUCCUUGCAACGGAAGGUGCAGGGCCAGACCCCAGCACUGUCAGCUUCAAGGGAAAGAAUGUCAUGGAGAAAACGGAAGUUACCUUUGGUGGUAGCGAUUACGUUGUGUCAUUCCCAGAAGACACCUUUCAGGAGAAGAUGUUUUCAGAUGCUAUAGUAUCUUCCAAUAAAACUGUCAGCGAGCAGGAAGAAAUAUGGAACAUCGGUCUUGAGGCUGGAGAAUGUUCUUUGAGUUAUUGCCACAAUGUUUGGGAUAGCCUUGCUCAUGAUGCCCCCAAUAUUGAUGUUGCUGAUGGAACUGGUGCGCUAUGGGAUAUCGAUUUGCAAACACUGGAGGAAGAUUUGGAGUAUGACAAGUGCUGAGGCAGCGACUACUCUUACCAGGAACGUGAAAGUCAAUCUAGACUAGUUAACAAAGAUCAUAAUGAAAACACGGACCAUAGGGAUAUUGUGCAUUGACCAUUGGCACCCUUUGGGGUACAUAUAUCAUCACCAUUGAAGAACUCACGAAAAUUUGACCGAUUGAUAUAAUAUUGAUUUUGAUUGUUAUUCAUGUGGAUUUUUUGGAAGUAGUAAUUAAUUAUUUCCUUACAAAAUUAUUUUUGGUUUCA